AUACUUCUUUCGUAGUUUUCCAAGCUACGGAUGACGUGUCUUCUACUAGGGAAACUAGGCUAGAGUAGUGUGUUUUCCAGGCUAUGGCCGUCGUAACUUCAAGCCGUGAUAGUUCCUGAAGCUAUCACAGUAUUCUCCUAGCUCAUUCAGCUCGAGGAACCGUCUUUUAGUUUUUACAUCUCGGAUAAACUCUGCUACGUUAGAUCGGACGACAUCUGGAUCUUCAAGAAGUUUCCUGUUUCCGUUAGCACGGAAGCCGUGAUGUCCAGCGCCGCCAAGCUGUCGUCGCGUCUUCUGCAGAGGAGCUUCAGAGAUGGCGCUUAAGGGACGGCGAGAUUGAAGGUUCAGCGACAGCGAAAUGGAGACUUCGUGACGGCGUGAUUGGAGUUUAGAUAGCGGCGACGUCGCCGGAGCUCGUAGCUACGGCGGGAACCUCCUCAAAGACGGCGACAAGCAACCUGACGACGUCGACAAGCAACCUGACGGCGGCGACAAGCAACCUGACGACGUCCACAAGCAACCUGACGACGGCGACAAGCAACCUGACGACGGCGACAAGCAACCUGACGACGCCGACAAUCAACCAGACGGCGCCGACAAGUAACCUGACGACGUCGACAAGCAACCUGACGACGGCGACAAUCAACCUGACGAUGGCGACACGCAACCUGACGACAUCGACAAGCAACCUGACGGCAGUGACAAGCAACCUGACAACGGCGACAAGCAACCAGACGGCGGCGACAAGCAACCUGACGGCGUCGACAAGCAACCUGGCGACGAGCAACCUGAAGACGGUGACAAUGAAAUCGAAGCUCCAGCGACGGCGAAAUCUGACCUUUCGCCGAUGGGGACACGAGGAUCCAGGGUUGCGAUAUCGGAGCUUCGACGUCGAAAUCAGAGCUCCGGGGACGGUGAAAGCGGAAAUCGGAGCUCCUGGUGCUGGCAGUGAUGCCGUUGCUGCGGCUAACCCUGCUGCCGAUCCUGCUGCCGACAGUGCUGCCGAUUUUUCUGCUGACGGUACAGCAGAACCUGCUGCCGACCCUACUGCUGACGGUGUUGCCGAGCCUGCAACUGGCGGUGCUGGCGAACCUGCUGCUGACGACGUUGCUGCUGAUCCUGCUGUCGAUGAUGCUGGCGUUUCUACUGCUGAUGGUGGUGCCGCCGCUGCUGGAAACGUGUCCUGCUACUGCUGACGGUGGUGGUGGCGCUGCUGCUGCAUCCGCUCGGACAACCUACCCAAACAGCUAAGUGCUCUCACCCUUGUGCUUUUCUCGUGCUCGUUGCUGUUUUUCUUGUACCGCCGAAUUAGAAAUUAUGGCCCUAGGCACUGCUGCGUUGGGGGCUGACAGGUGGAUGGGCGGCUGGAGUAAAUUGGUGAAAGUGAG